AUGGCAACAGACCGUCUUAAAACAGGGAAGACUAACCCUAGAGGAAUCCCAGAGGCAAAGUUCAUCGAGAACAUUGAUGAUUUCAUCAACCCAAAGACAUGCACGGAUGCAGACGUGACCAACUUCUUAAAUGAGUUGCAAAUGCGGUUGGAACAGUACAAAUACAUGGAGGAGAACAAGAGAACGGCCCUUGCGAACUUAGAGACCAAAAUACCGGACAUUCAGAACACGUUCACGAUGUGCAAGUUCUUGAAGAAGAGGACCGAAGACGAAGAAAAGGGAGAGGGAGAGGGAGAGGGAGAGGGAGAUGCCGGAGAGGAGAAUGACGAUUUGCUUAUCGAUUACCAGCUCAACGAUACCAUAUACGCCACCGCACAGAUACCGACAGAAAACUGCAAAACCGUGUCUCUCUGGCUUGGAGCUAACGUGAUGCUAGAAUAUCCAAUUGACGAGGCGAUCCAGAUGCUUUCCGAGAGACUUGAGAAGACCAAAGCUUCGAAGGCAACAACGUUGGAAGAUUUGGACUACCUCAGGGUGAACAUCACAACGAUGGAAGUCAACACGGCCCGUGUGUACAAUUGGGAUGUCCAGCGCAGGAAAGAGUUGAAACAAACAACCGAGUCGAAGUAA